ACAUUUAGCAUCGAUUUUUUCCGCAGCAAUCAGAAGACGGGGCCCCGAAACAGCAUAGGAGAGAAUGAUGAGUAGAAAAACACACAUGAACUCCAUGUUUUGACUAGCUGUAAGAUUCAAAGCCUCAUUCAAAUCGCACGUUGUUAGCUGAUUGAUUUUACCUGAGCAGUCUACAACAAUUGCUGCGUAGACAAUUCUUGUUGUGAAACUGAGAGGUGGGCAUCAUGGCAGACAAAAAGAAAGACAAAAAAGAAAAAUCCCCGGAAGAUGAUUACGAUUUCUUCGCCCCUCACCCCCACCCAACCAAAGUCCGUGUCAGACAGUCGUUCUUUGACCACGUCCCUGAUGCUUACGAUGGGAAGUCCAUAGCUUUCAAUGAAAGCCCGAAACGGGGUCAAAAGAAAACCGCGGAAGAGUCCAAACCGGAAUCUCCAAAACCGGAAGAGGAAACACCAGCGGAAUCCCCGGACAAGACGCCGGUACAGGAAACUAUAGCUAACCCAAUUACAAUGGACAUCGUGGCAGCAGAUCCAUGGGACACGAAAAACUCUAGUGCUCAGUCCCGUCUGUUGAUCAAGGGAGGUAAAAUUGUGAAUGAUGACCAGUCCUUUGAUGCAGACAUAUACAUAGAAGAUGGAAUUAUCAAACAGGUGGGAACUAACCUGGUUAUACCAGGUGGUGCUAGGACAAUUGAAGCCAGGGGUAAACUUGUCAUGCCGGGUGGCAUUGACACCCACACUCACAUGCAGUUACCCUUUAUGGGCACCUAUGCAGUGGAUGACUUCUACAGUGGUACAAAAGCUGCUCUUGCAGGAGGAACCACCAUGAUCAUUGACUUUGUGCUGGACCAGAAGGGUGUGUCCCUGCUGGAGGCCUAUGACAAAUGGAGGGGGUGGGCAGACCCCAAGGUGUGCUGCGACUAUGGGCUCCAUGUAGGGGUCACCUGGUGGAGUGAUCAGGUAGCCAAGGAGAUGGAGACACUGUGUGCUGAGAAAGGUAUCAACUCCUUCAAAAUGUUUCUUGCCUACAAAGAUGUAUUUAUGUUGAAUGAUGAUGAACUGUACGAGUCAUUUAAACGCAUUAAGGAGUUGGGAGCGCUUGGAAUGGUGCAUGCAGAAAAUGGACAUCUGAUUGCAGAGAAAUCAAAAGAAAUGUUGAAAAUGGGAAUCAGUGGACCAGAGGGCCAUGAGAUGUGUCGACCUGAAGAGGUUGAGGCAGAAGCUACUCAGCGAGCCAUCACCAUUGCUAACCAGGCCAACUGCCCUCUGUAUAUUGUCCAUGUCAUGAGUAAAUCCUCAGCGGACGUUGUGUCUAAGGCCCGCAGAGAAGGUAAAGUAGUAUUUGGUGAGCCGAUAGCUGCCAGCCUGGGUACAGAUGGUACCCACUACUGGAACAAGUGCUGGAGACACGCGGCGGGCCACGUUAUGGGGCCACCACUGAGGCCUGAUUCCAGCACCCCAGGAUAUCUGAUGGAUCUGCUAGCCAAUAAUGAUUUACAAGUGACAGGGACAGAUAACUGUACGUUCAGUGCAGACCAGAAAGCGCUAGGCAAAGACGACUUCAGGAAAAUCCCUAAUGGAGUAAACGGAGUGGAGGACAGAAUGUCCGUCAUAUGGGAGAAAGGGGUGCAUUCUGGAAAAAUGGAUCCAUGUAGAUUUGUAGCUGUAACUAGUACUAAUGCUGCCAAAAUAUUCAAUAUUUACCCACAAAAGGGCCGUAUAGCUGUAGGAUCUGAUGCUGACAUUGUAAUCUGGGAUCCCAAAGAGACGAGGACUAUCUCAGCUAAGACUCAUCACCAAGCUGUAGACUUCAACAUAUUCGAAGGCAUGGUUUGCCAUGGUGUCCCAGUCUAUGUCAUUACAAAUGGUCAUGUAGUCUUGGACGAGGGGCAGUUGAAAGUAACCCAGGGAAUGGGCAGAUUUAUUCCAACCCCAUGCAAUGCUGAAAUGGUCUAUGGAAGAGUUGCGAAGCGAGAAUUGGCCAGAAUGCCACAGAAAGUGGAGAGAGAUCCUUACACUGGUCCCGUGGUCAAGAUAGAGAACCAGGAUGAGGUCCCCGGAGUGAAGAGAGAUGAGAACCCAAUCGUGGGGGACACUGCUUCCUUCCAACACAGCAGACCCCCAACAAGAGGUGGUGGCAGAAACUUACAAGAUUCCUCUUUUGCUCUUAGUGGUGAACAGUUUGAUGACAAGGCCCCACGCCGGGCACAGAUCCGGACAUCCAACCCCCCGGGAGGGAAAUCUUCGGGCCUCUGGUGAGCACAGCAAGAACUGAUGGUUCAUGGGGCCACUCACAAAAUCUACAUAGGGAAGCUUUUUUAUUGUCGCUUUGUGAAGAUACUUAUUCAACUGCUGAGAGAGGGGAAUUUCUUUGGAGUUAGUGUUGUGUUCAGGACAUGAAACCAUCUAUCAACAAGGCAUCACAGAAUCCAUCUGAGAAGAGGAAGGGAGUGCCUUCAAUUAACAGUCUAAAUUUUGUCAAAUCAAGUUCUAUUUGAUAUAACCAGUGUAUUUUCUCUCAAGUUUUUAAAGUAUUCAAGUUUAUAUUGUGUCUGUCAGUACUUGUGAUAAAGCCCAAAUGGACACUGUAUAAAUGUUCAUAAAUAUGCAUGUUGAAAAGAUUAUUAUAUAUUUCUUGUGUAACAAAUCAGAAAUUUUACCAAAAACCCUUUUUUAUAAAUUUUCAAUGUGAUUCUGAUGUUGUCUGCUAUUGCUAUCGGUUGUGUCUAUUUUUUGGCGAAAGUCCAUUAUUUUGUCUCUGAAUAUACAAAAUCACAUCUAAAGGGGAUCCAAAUAGAUGGUGCACUCAUUGAAGUUCUGAUUGUGGAGCAGAGUCGGAGGUGAUGUACUAAGGCUGGUUUUGCAUUUUAUUCCAAUCAGUUCAGUUAAAGGCAGCCAUUAUGUAACUUGUUUUGCGUCCAUCUUGUUGUAGAUCUACUUGUUAUAAAUUCCACUGAAUAGGUAAACAACUAGUAUUAUUAUUUUCAUUAGGACUAGUUAUUAGUCCAUGUUAAGCUAUUCUAAGAAGAUGACAACAUUAAUGAUUUCUUAAAUUGUUCAAUGUUAAAUUUUUUAAUGCUAGUCAGAAUGAAGUUGAAACCAUGACUUCGCGUUGGAGUGUUAAAUAUGAUUUUAAUCUAGGAGCUGAAUGGUUACAUUGAAUGAAAAACCAAGAGACUGUCUUAUCAGUAUUUAUCCAGUUAUCAGGGCUUUUUACUACAUGUAUUUAUUUCCUAAUCUAUGUGUCUGCAAGUCAAUUACUAUAUACAAUAGUUGUAGCACUGCCUCUAGUAAGACUUGAAUGUAGAAUGUAUUCUGAAUCUAGCAUGUAUGAAUUAAUAAACAGUUAAAACUA